GACGACGAUCCAUUCACCGACAUGGCCAACGUCGACAAGCCACCGCCCAAACCUCCACGGGUACUCGGUCUACCACCAAGAGUAUGGGCAAUCCUCGCUUUAUUAUCCUUCAUCCUCCUCCUAUCACGCAUCAUAUUCCCUUCAUCUCCAAUACAUCCUCUCGCACAAUCAUCCCCAUUCCCUCUAAAACCAAGGGAUUACCUCAACGCAUCCGCUGCAUCUCCACCCCCAUUCGACUUUUGCCCAAUAUUCGGUCCAGGAGAUGCACUCGCAGCAAAGUACGGUGCGCACGCGCUCCUGCGGUCCCGCACCUACCUCGGGUCAGGCGCGCGCGUACAGCGCGUCAUUAGGCGCGCGCUUGAAGGUCGCCCUGUCACCAUCUCCGUCCUCGGAGGAUCGGUAUCAGCAUGCCACGGUGCAGGGGACGACCCAAUCUCACCCCGGUGCUACCCAAGCAGGUUCUUCAACUGGUGGACGAGCGUCUUCCCCCAUCCAGCUUCGGAGCUCACGAACGGCGCCGUCCGUCGUACUGACACGGGGUACUUUGCCUUCUGCUCUGCUCUGCACCUUCCGGACCGUACAGAUCUCGUCAUACUCGAAUUCGACGCAGAGGACCCCAACGACCCCGCGUGGAGAGAACACUUUGAGCUCCUCGUACGGACGAUCAUGGUCCGCCCUGAACAGCCGGCGGUGAUCAUUCUCGGCCAUUUUGCACCGCAGAUGCAGCAGAUGCACGGGUUUUCAGGCGCAGAGUUGCAUCAUACUGCCGUGGCGCAAUAUUAUGACAUCCCGCAUAUAAGCAUCAAAGGACCGUUAUACAACGACUACCUGCUCAACCCCGACCUCACCCGUCAAACGUUCUACGCCGAUCCUAUCCUCGCCAACCCAACAGGUCACGAGCUGCUCGCCGACGUGCUCACCUCCUACAUCUCCUCCCAAGUCUGCCUAGCAUGGGACGCAGCCGUCGGUCGAGGGGCGUACGAAGUCCCCGAGCUGCUCAACACAGAGGGCUUCGAGGAGCUAGGGGAAGCGCGUGGGCUGUUCGGGGGUGUAGGUGUCCGGCUCGGCGGGCAAGAGCUCAAACAAGCUGGCAAGGAAUCCUCUAAAUCCCCAGCAUCUGCACUCUCGGCACAGGAACGCGAAGCCCUCUUACUCCCCUUCCGCGUCCCCCCUCUCAGGAUCUCAGCGCGUCCUGCGCGUAUCCCCCGACUUCCCCCAGAGCCCUACUGCGCCUCCGCGAACGACCUGAUCAACCCCCUCCCUCCCUCGCUAUUCUACGGCUCAGGGUGGCACGCCUACCACCCGUCGACGUCCCAUGUCCACGACCUCAAGCCGGGCGAGGAACGACAUUAUUGGUAUGCGACGCUUCCUACCUCCCGUAUCCGCAUACCGGUGAGGCUUAUGGAGGGAGAUGUCGCGGUGUGGUAUUUGAGGGAACCGAAGGGGAUGGGAAGCGUGGUUAGUUGUUGGGUGGAUAAUAAUUAUGGAGGGGCGAGGGUGCUGGAGGGCGAGGCGGACGUGAACAACCCUGUGCCGACGCUUACGUUCAUAGACCGCUCUGUUGCCGCAGGGUCUCACUAUGUGGAAUGCGAACUGCACGGCGAAGAAGGACACCCGGUGGCGCCGUUCAGGAUCAUGGGGGUGUUUGCGACUUGAUUCAUGGGGUGGGGGUGAUAUGGGGGUGUUGGGGGUGGGGAGUGCUGUAGAUUGCGAAGGCGGAGUGGGAGUGAGCAUGUAGAGUGAGCAGCGGAGUGGAGUGAGUGCGCAGAAUGAGCACUUGGCGCAGAAUGUAGACAUAACCUCCUCGAUCCUCAACCUCAACCUCAAUCUCCCACGCACGCACGCACGCACGUACGGACUAGAAAAAAAACCCAAACCGCGCAAGUUCCUACUUACUCUUCGUUACUGUUACUGUUACAACCUACCUUUACUGUUUCG